UGUAUCCCUUUAACGCACCCAAGAUAAUGAGAACGAGCGGAGCUGGCCGAGGAGAACUCCCCUUCCUUUUUCUUUCUCCAGAGAUGCCAGGGGCUAGAGAGAAGCAGGCCAAGACACCGGCCUUCCAGGCUGUGCUCCACUCGGUGCAAGGGCCACCGGCGAAGGCGUGGAAGAAGCCCGACCAGCCGGUGCCGCCCAAGGUGUACCGAGUCGACCCACGAGACUUCCGCCAGCUGGUGCAGAAGCUCACCGGUGCACCGCAGGCCACACCAAGGCCUCUCAGAGACACGGCACGACCACCUCCGCCGCUGGUGUUGACCCCCAGAACUCCCCUGCCUCCACCGCUGCCUGUGUUUGAUAAUAGUAAUUGCUUCUUGACGGAGUCCAUGAAGCCAAUGGAGCAGAAGGCUGUUUCCGGCUACCAGUCUCCGACCGGCUUCGCAGGGCUUUUCUCACCUUCGCCGUUUCCAGCAUGGUGUUCGUUUCCUCUACUGAGCCCGGGAUCCAUGGCGACGCUGGAGCAGAGCAGUGGUACUGUGCUUUGAGCAUUGGAGCUGUCCUUUUGUUAAAGUAGCUCAGGAAUUUAACUGCCACUCUUUUGAGCAGUGGCCUUGUUCUGCUUCUUUGUCAGCCCGCAUAUGUUUAUUCUUUCCUCUUUUUUUUUUCUAAUCUCUCUCUCUCUCUCUCUCUGUGCGCGCUUCCUUCUCUACUUAACUGGAUGUAACUAAGUUGUAGCAGGGAUGAAAUAAAAAGAAUGCCCCAAGGAAUUGUUAUUGAUGUUCGACCAAAUAAA